UGUCAGCAGCAGUGCAACACUCAGGACCUCAGAAAGCUUGGCUCAUUUGCUUGUGUUUGUGACGAGGGCGUGUGAGGUCUUGCCUUUACAAGAGCUUGGCAGCAGGACGACGCACCUGAGGAGGAGGAGGGCAGUUUUACCGCUUCACGUUUGAAGGCAACUCAACUCCUCCAUUGAUUAGAAGACAAAGUUGGAAGAAUCACAGCAUGGAGGUGAAACUAUUCGUCUGUGGAUUUGUGCUCGUGGCCAUAACAGUUACAGGAAGCAACGCACAGCUGGACGUCUGUGGCGUGGCGCCGCUCAACACCAGGAUCGUAGGAGGUCAGGACGCUCCUGCGGGGGCGUGGCCUUGGCAGGUCAGUCUGCACAGGAGCGGCAGCCAUUUCUGUGGAGGCUCCCUGAUCAACAACCAGUGGGUCCUGACUGCUGCUCACUGUUUCCCCAGCACCAGCACAUCAAAUCUCAUCGUUUACCUCGGACGCGACACCCAACAACUCCCAAACGCUAACGAGGUGUUCCGCACAGUGAGCCAGGUCAUCAACCAUCCCAACUAUGACGCCACCACAAUCGACAACGACAUAUCCUUGCUGCAGCUGUCCUCAUCUGUGGACUUCACCAACUACAUCAGGCCUGUGUGCCUGGCAGCGGACGGCAGCGUCUUCGGCGCCGGGACGACCUGCUGGGUCACCGGCUGGGGAGCCAUCCGCACUGGUGUGUCCCUUCCCUUCCCUCAGAGGCUGCAGGAGGUCAGCGUUCCCAUCGUGUCCAACGCUCAGUGCAGCCAGGCCCUCGGCUCGAUCACAGACAACAUGAUCUGCGCCGGUCUGACCGAAGGAGGGAAGGACUCCUGCCAGGGGGAUUCGGGCGGCCCGAUGGUGACUAAGAACAUCUCAAGGUGGGUCCAGGCUGGGGUGGUGAGUUUCGGAAACGGCUGCGCUCAGCCCAACUCCCCGGGAGUCUACACCCGAGUGUCCCGGUACCAGGCCUGGAUCCGCAGCCAAAUCACCAGCGACCAGCCGGGCUUCGUCACCUUCGGCAGCGGAGGCUCAACGUCCGGAACGACUCACCUGGUUUCCCUGUCACUUCCUCUGCUGCUGUCCAUCCCGCCGGUCCUCCUGUCUGUCCUCGUCCUCUCAUAGUCAAAAUAGCAGUGAAGAGUCAGCAAAAGAAAAACCUGCACAUCCACAAAAAUCCCCCACCUGAUUCCAGUUCAGUUUAAAAGAGUUUCACACAAAGGACUUAACGAGAGAGAAGUCACAUCACAAACCUUGAAUAAUUAGACGCCGUGUGCUCCCACAAUAAUCAAUUAAAAGCGGUGAAUCGAUACUGACUUUUCACUCUACAUCAGCUUAUUAAGCUUAGCUGUUAAUGACCCCGUUUCCUUCUACUGAAACGUUGAAUCACUUGUUUCCUCCUUAAACGUUUACACUUGUCAUUUAACCAAAUCUCUUUGUGACGUAACAUUCAAAUUAGUGCGCUAAAUUAUGAGAGGAAUUAACUGUAAUCUGAACAGCCUGAAUCCGAUCAAGCGUAAAGGGUGUUUUUAUCUAAAAGCUGAUUGUUUCUUUUGGUAGGUUUUGUAGCUUUGCACUGAUGGGCAGAAGAUGUUUGCACAGACGGUAGAUUUGAGUUUAUGACCUUUAACCUGUGACGUCCUAAUGAAGAAAAGCAGCUCCGAGUGGACUUUGUUACCUCUUUAAUCUGUUGUGAUUUCAUGCCUGUAAUCAUUACUGUCUUUCAUUCUUUGGACUGAGGACCUGCAACUGUGAUUUACUUUUUUAAGUGCGGCACACAUGAAGUACACAUUGUAGUGACUUUUAUAUUAUUUAAGGCUUAUAUUGCACAACAAGUGAGCAGCAGCACAAAGGCUGGACUGCUCUGCAGAUGUUCCUGUUUGUUGUCUUGUUUGGGAUCUUUUUGUGAGUAAAUCCAGUUUGAAGCACAGAGCAGCACAGACGUCCUGUGUGUCUGUGCCCUUCACUGUGUUCUGUCCAAUAAAUGCUUCUUUCUUAA